GGCAAAGUUGAACGGUGACGGUCAUUUCCACCUCCUACAGUUUCUGUGUGGCCACAAUCAAGACACCCGCUGUAAACAAACUUCUCUAACGGUUUAAUUCCAGAAGAAGUACAUUUGAACAAAAAGAUAUGCAUAUCAAAACAGGUACAUGGGAGGCCAACACGGUGUGCGAGUCUGACACCCUGUGUGAUCCUGCUGUCCUUGUGUCCUCCACCAACCCAGAGGCGCACAUUGGCAACCGACGCCUAUCACCUGGGUCUGGCAACUGCGGUGGAGGAGGUGGAGGCUGCCCAACUGGGGUUGCCCAGCAGCCCUGUCAGGCUUCUCCUCAGGCCCUCGAGGGCAACCUGAACGGACCCGCCCAUGUACAUGCCUUCACCUACCGUAGAGACAGAGAUCGUAGAGGCCAGCACAAAGGCCGUGGCCCUCGCAGAGAGGGGCCCAGGGGGGCAGGGCGUGUAGCAGAUAGGCCCCCAAAGCAGAGCCAGAAGGAGAGGUGGGUGGAGGACAGCCUGUCUCUACUCAAGCACCCAGCUGCUUUUCCAGUGCAGGACAGCCCUGCCAAGUUGCAGCCAACCAUCAGCUAUGCCUCAAAGGUGAAGUCAGGGGCUGUGGGUGGAGUGCUGGAGGAGGAGGAGGGCCGCCCAGCCAUCGGUGUGCUGCUGCAGAACCAGUGGGGACUCAGUUUCAUCAGUGAGGUCCUCCAAGCCACAGAGGGGUCAGUUCCCUGCCCUGCCCCCGUAGCACCACCUCAGCCCACAUUUGGAGGUGAAACCGCUAACCCAACACAAGAGAUGCAUCACACAGUCCAGCCCAGUGGUGAAAUCCCAGUUCCUGUCUCUACCUCAAUCUCCAUUGACCAGUACAGAGAGAAGGAAGCAAAGGUCAAUGGGAAGCUGCAUCUCACCUGUCGCCAUCUAAAGGAGGCCAUGCGCUAUCACACAAUAGAAUGGAAUGUCACCUGCAAUAAACAAAAAGAAGAUCCCAAUAAGGUAGUUUGGUAUAAGAACUCCCUGGACCAGCCUGCCUAGCAACGCAUGGACCUGUCUGCCACAACCCCCCC